UCAAUCCAUCAUGAGAAUACAUUUUCGUGAACAAUAUGGCACCAAGGGUGAAGAGAUAAUUUAUGUUACACCUGCAGAUCAAAAAACCAUUGUCCGUGUCCCUUUGAAAAGCGAUAAAUUGGUUAUACAUGAGAAAUUUUUUCUCUUUCGGGUAUUUCAACAAAUUUUCCUGCCCAAAGGCUAUCCGGACAGUGUUAGUGACGACUAUGCUGCAUAUCAAAUAUGGGAUACUGUUCAGGCUUUUUGUAGUACUAUAUGUGGCACACUCUGUACACAUGCCAUAUUAAAAGGUUUGGGCGUGGGUAAUGAAAAUAUUAAUGCCUACUCGGCUACAGUGGCAUGGAUACUGAAAGAAGGCAGCGGGCAUUUGGGACGCAUUAUAUUCUCAUGGUGGAAAGGUGCUCAAUUGGAUAUUGAUAGUAAAAAAUGGCGUUUACGUGCCGAUUUUCUCAACGAUAUGGCAAUGGGCAUUGAAAUAUAUGUGCUUCCAAAAUAUCCACAUUUAAGUACACAAAUUUUGUGUGGUACCACCGUACUGAAAUCUAUUGUUGGCGUGGCGGGUGGAGCAACAAGAGCUGCAUUGACGCAACAUCAUGCUGUGCGUGGUAAUUUGGCUGAUGUCAACUCAAAGGAUAGCUCCCAAGAGACUUGUGUUAAUUUAGUUGCCUCAUUUGUGGGUCUAUAUUUAUUAACUAUUAUUAAGACACCAGGUGUUCUAUACGGAGUUUUUGCAGUUGUUAUUUUAUUACAUUUGUAUGCCAAUCUAAAAGCCGUUAGAGCCAUAUGCCUACGGACCUUCAAUGAGUCGCGUUAUUUAAUAACAUUGGAAGAAUUCUUUAGAUCUGGCAGAAUGUUAACACCACAGCAGGUCAACAAAUUGGAGCGUGUUACUGUUGGCCAAACAGUAUCGGUUUCAUUAAAUAUUCGCCUAGGCCUUAGCAUUAAACAUUUGGUAGAUGAAUAUCAACAUAGUCAUAUUGUGGAUAAUAUUGUCUCCUCAUUUGAUCCCCAUGAACAUUUUAUCAUUGCGGAAAGUAAAAAAUUCCUUGGUGUUUAUUUACAUUUCAAUACAACGGCUCAAGAUGUCCUGAAGGCAUAUUUCUUUGCAGUCUCCUAUCUGCAAGAUCGUAAUCAAAUUAAAGAGAAAUACUGGGAUAUACAAACGAAAUGGCAAGAAUUUCAUAAUAUGGCCCAACAGGAAGGUUGGAAUACAACGCAACAUUUGUUAAGUGUAGAUGAGUAUCGCCUCAAUUGGAAAGCUUAAAAAUAAGUUC